AUGGAAAAUCAACGAGUAGAAGGAAGAGCAGCUCAAGGAGCUAUCGGGGGCGUUGAAGAUAGCGGAAAAAAGAUUAUGGUAAAGCAGCCUCCGCCCAUUGAAUUGGGAAAUGACAAUCGAGAAACGUGGCUGGCAUGGGAGAAUCUUUUCGACUGGUAUGCUGAAGCCAUUGAGUUGGAUCAAGCACCUGGAAGACGCCAAGUUGCUGUGCUCAUGACAUGCUUGGGAUCUCAGGUACGAGAGAUCUUCCAAACGUUUGGACUAAGUGAGACAGAAAGGCAUAACCUCACUUUGGUGAAGUCAAGGUUCCGGGAACAUUUCGCUCCUAGCGAAAGUGAAGUCUAUGAGUCGUUCCGCUUCAACAAUCUGAAUCAGGGAGAAGAUGAGUCUAUUGAGGAGUUUGUGACCAAGGUGAAAGCUCAAGCAGAUAAGUGUGCAUUCCCUGUUGAUGCAAAAGAACGUCUUAUACGGGAUAGAAUAAUUCAUGGUUUGAAUUCGGUUGAGACAAGACAAGAGAUUCUCCGGAAGAAAAAUUUGAGGCUCGCACAGACAAUAUCGAUUUGCAAGAGCUAUGAGGAAGCCGCAAAACAUGCGAAGAUGAUAGCCACCACCGCGGUAAAGCCAGAGAAAAAUGAAGUGUUUGAAGUGAAAAAGGAGUCAGAGAAGCAGAAUAAAUCAGAAAAAGUGUUUGAUUGCAAUCGCUGUGGCACCAAGCAUGUGGCUCGGAAGUGUCCCGCAUAUGGGAAGAAAUGCAACAAAUGUGGCACUGUUGGGCAUUUUGCCGUGAAGUGCAAGAAAUCAAACAAGAAGGUGAGGAAGAUUGAUCGCGAUACAGACGGUUCCGAGAGCGAUUCGGAAGACGAAGAUGUACAUGAGCUACGAGUUCACAGCUUGAAUUGCAAUGAAAAGGACCAAUGGAACUGUACCAUCUCAGCGAACAAGAAGAAAUUCAUGGUCAACAUAGAUACUGGCGCGCAGUGCAACGUCAUCACAGAGAAAGUCCUGAAGAAGAUCAGCAAAGAUGCCGAGAUUGUUCCGUCAAGAGUGAAACGUUUGGUUGCCUACAACGGAGGGCGGAUCAAUGUUAUCGGAAAAACCCUAUUGCAUUGUGUCAUCCGCAAAAAGCAGAUCCCCCUUUGGUUCAAUGUCAUCUCAGGAGAUAGGAACACAGUGAUGGACGGGAAAUCUGCGGUUAAAGCAGGUUUGAUCGCGAAGAUAAAUAACAUUGAAUUGUGUGAGGAAAUUUUUGCUGGUCUCGGUGAGCUGAAAGACUACGUGUACGAUGCAGAGUUGAUCGACAAACCACAAUUCGUCGUGCAUGCGGCGAGAUCAAUCCCGUAUGCAUUGAAAGAUGACGUCAAAAAGGAGCUCGAUAAGAUGCAUUCUCUGGGUGUCAUCGAGCCGUGUCACGAGGCUACUGAUGCAGUAUCCCCCAUGGUAGUCGUCAGGCGUAAAGGCAAGUUAAGAAUAUGUAUUGAUUUGACAGAUGUAAAUCCAAACAUUAAGAGGCGACACUAUCCUCUUGUAGGUAUUGAUCAGGUUGCGGCUAGGGUGGCGGGCAGUCGAAGAUUCACCAUUUUGGACUGUAAGAAAGGAUUCUGGCAAGUCGUCCUGUCCCCAAAGACGUCAAAACUUUGCACUUUCGCUACUCCGUGGGGACGCUAUUCAUACAAACGACUUCCAUUUGGGUUGGUGUCAGCACCUGAAAUUUUCCAGCGAAUUAUGUCCGAUCUGUUUUCCGGGAUGGACGGUGUGGAAGUCUCGAUGGACGAUAUCCUCAUACAUGCAGAUUGCGAAGAAAAACUUAAAAGUCUCACGGAAAAAGUGGUGAAAAUUCUUCAGGAAAGGGGCCUGAGACUAAACAAAGACAAGUGCAUUUUUAACAAGUCAUCGGUCACAUUUUUGGGGCACAAACUUUGUGGUGAGGGGUUGGUUAUUGAUGAGACAAAAAUUGAAGCAAUUGAUAAGUUGAAACGCCCAGGUGAUAGAAAAGCACUUGAGAGAUUCUUGGGCAUGGUGAAUUACGUUGGAAAAUUUAUCCCGAAUUUGUCCGACAAAACCGCACCUCUUCGGUUACUGCUCAAGAAAGAGGCCGUGUGGGAAUGGACUCCAAUACAGGAACGGGCAUUUGUGCAGCUCAAAGCUUGUCUAAAGAGUACACCAGUUUUGGCUUUUUAUGACGUCACAAAGCCUGUUACUCUUUCAGUUGACAGUUCAUCACAAGCUUUUGGAGCUGUGUUGCUACAAGAAGGACGACCCAUAGCCUAUGCGACAAAAGCUCUCACGGACAACGAGAAGAAUUGGCCCCAGAUAGAAAAAGAAGCAGGCGCGAUUAGGUUCGGAUUUAGAAAAUUCCACGAUUAUAUCUGGGGAAAGGAAGUUCUUGUUGAGACAGAUCAUAAGCCCCUUGAGUCAAUUUUUCGAAAACCACUGACAAAUGCACCCCCACGCUUGCGAAAAAUCCUCCACGAGGUGAAAGCCUAUGAUAUGAAGGUCAAGUACGUGAAGGGUACUAAUAUCCCAGUUGCCGAUACUCUCAGUAGGGACUGUAACAGUGACUCUUAUGACGAAGAUGGGGAUGACCUGGAAAUUCAUUCCAUAACAUGCUUGACAGAAGAAGCCCUUACCAGAUAUCAACUCGCCACUGCCAACGAUCCUGUCUUGAGGGUUUUGAUAAAAUACAUCCUCAGUGGUUGGCCUGACAAUAUUGAGGAAGUCCCAAAGGCCAUUAGAAAUUGCUUCACCUUUCGCGAUGAAUUGUCAUUCUUAGAUGGACUGGUUUUCAAGGGUGACAGAGUGUACGUACCUCAGGAAGAAAGGUCACGAGUUUUGAAAGACAUUCAUCAUGGCCACUAUGGCAUCCAAACUUCUUUAAGGCGAGCCCGAGAGUUUCUUUUCUGGCCCGGAAUGGUAGCAAAUAUCACACAGCUCAUUGAGGAAUGCAAAACGUGCGAGAAAUAUCAAAGGUCAAAUCAGAAAGAAUGUGUCUUUAUGAAGCGUGUGCCAGAAUUGCCUUUUGAGAUGAUUGCCACGGAUUUGUUCACGUACAAAGGAAAGGAGUACAUUCUGCUCGUAGAUUCAUAUAGCGGUUAUUUUGACUUUAAGGAGUUGAGGAAAACGACGAGCAGUUCAGUCAUUAAAUUUUUGAAGGAUAAAUUUUCCGAGCACGGAAUUCCCCUUGAAGUUCACAGCGAUGGUGGGCCGCAGUAUUCUAGUAGUGAGUUCAAAAAAUUUGCUCGGGAAUGGAAUUUCGUGCAUCGAACAUCUAGCCCAUACUUCGCACGUUCCAAUGGUCUAGCUGAACGCUACGUCCAAACUGCAAAGAGGUUGUUGAAGAAAUGCACAGAGGAUAAACAGGACAUUAAAAUGGCACUCCUGUUGGCUCGCAACACUCCGGGACUUGAGCUAAGAUCUCCAGCAGAAAGGCUAUUCAACAGGAAAACCCGCAAUCCUCUCUGUGUUAAUAAGAAUUUGCUUGCCCCUCGAGUCAUCAAGGGCAACUCUGAGCAACUGAAAGAAGCACGAGAGGAACAGAAGCGCCAUGCGGACAAGGGUGCCAGAUUAUAUGAAAAAUUGGCAAUCGGAGAACGAGUGAGAGUGCAAGAACGAGACAAGACGUGGUCGACGGGUACAGUGUCUGAGCAGCGGUCGGAUCGCUCUUACGCUGUUGAAAUGGACGACGGAAGGACAGUGUGGAGAAACCGACAUUUCAUUCAUCCUACGAAAGUCCAGACUCCCAUAAUGCCCCCUUGCCUACCUCGAUCAAUGCCUACAAUGGAUAUCUGCAAUGAGGACAUUCUUAUGGAUUCAAACGAUACUCUGAACAAUACAAUUCCUUCGCAGGAAACAACGCCUGAAGUACAUUCACCAUCUGCUCCACCAAGUCAACCACAAACUGUAGCAGCUGCAACUGAAGGAAGUUCGUCGUUCUAUACGACCCGAUCAGGUCGUAUCAGCCGACCACCAGACAGAUUGAAUUAUCAUAACUAA